AUGGAGUCUUUUAAAAGGAAAUUAUAUCAGCGUUUGCUGUUUUUUGCUAUUUUUCUUCCAAUCUCAGGUGUUUUGUGCUUUAGUGAGCUGUUUUUUAUCAAGGAGCCCCAUGAUGCCACGGUGAUGAGGAAGGACGCCGUGGUGCUGGACUGUCAGGCUCACGGAGAAGCGCCCAUCGGCGUCCGGUGGCUCAAAAACGGAGGAAAGGUUCCAGAGAGCGAGCGUGUCUACUUCCUCUCCAAUGGCUCUCUCUACAUAUCAGAGGUGGAGAGCAGGCGAGGGGACCGGUCAGAUGAGGGGCUGUAUCAGUGUCUCGCUCAGAACAAGUAUGGAGCCAUCCUGAGCCAGAAGGCUCGACUGACAAUCGCAAGUAUCUCCCCCUUCAGCAUCCAGCCCUCCCCCAUUCUGGUGACAGAGGGCUCUGUUGCCCGCUUCACCUGCCUGGUGUCUGGAAGCCCCCCCCCAAUCAUCACCUGGGAGUUUAACCGGGUCACAUUACCUCUGGCAACGGAAAGAAUCACAGCGUUGCCGGGGGGCGUGCUGCAGAUCCACAGCGUUCAGAGGGCGGACGCUGGGAGCUACCGCUGCGUGGCCACCAACAUUGCCAACCGGAGGCGGAGCUCCGAGGCGACGUUGACUGUCACUCCUGCCCCUGGCCCCCGCCUGCCCCAGCGCCCUCGCAUCAUCGCGGGCCCCCAGAACGCCAGUGUGGCUCUGCACCAGAGUGCAGUCCUGGAGUGCCUGGCCACGGGACACCCCCGGCCCCUGGUGUCGUGGAGCCGGGCCGAUGGCAGGCCCAUGGACGUGUUCAACACCAAGGUCCUGGGUAACGGAAACCUGAUCAUCUCUGACAUGAAGCCGCAGCAUGGAGGCGUGUACAUCUGCCGGGCCACCACGCCAAGAACCCGCAACUACACCGUCGCCGCCGCCAACAUCACUGUGCUAGCCCCCCCCUCUCUGGUGGAGUGGCCUGAGAGCCUGACCCGGCCUCGUGCUGGCACCGCCCGCUUCGUGUGCCAGGCGCACGGCAUGCCCGUGCCCCAGAUCACCUGGCUGAAGAAUGGAGAGACGGUCCAUUCCAACGGACGCAUCAAGAUGUAUAACAGCAAACUGGUGAUUAACCAGAUCAUCCCAGAGGAUGAUGCCAUCUACCAGUGCCAGGCAGAAAGUGAACAGGGUUCAGUUCUGACCAUGGCCCGGCUCAUUGUGGUGAUGUCAGAGGACCGGCCCAGCGCGCCACGUGCCAUACAGGCCGACACCGUGUCUAGCUCAGCCAUCCUGCUGGCCUGGGAGAGGCCGCUCUACAACGCUGACAAAGUCAUAGCCUACUCUGUCCACUACAUGAAGGCAGAGGGCUUGAACAACGAGGAAUAUCAGAUCGUCAUUGGUAACGACACGACCCGCUACAUUAUUGAUGACCUGGAGCCGGCGAGGAACUACACGUUCUACAUUGUGGCGUACAUGCCCAUGGGAGCCAGCCGCAUGUCGGACCAUGUGUUCCAGCACACCCUGGAAGAUGUACCUCUACGCGCACCAGAGCUCAGCUUGAAAAGCCAAAGCCCCUCAGACAUCCAGGUGUCAUGGCAACCCCUCUCAGCCAAGCUGAGUCGUGGUCAUGUGUCCGCCUACCGCCUGUCCUACCGGACUAGCAGCGAGCAGGCGGUGACGGCGCUGGAGCUGAACGGGCAGCAGACCCAGCAUCUCCUGGAGGGGCUGCAGCCGGACACCAUCUACCUUCUCCGCAUCGCCUCCGCCACCGCCGUGGGCUGGGGGGAGGAGUCCGCCUGGACGUCACACCGCACACCCAAGGCCUCCGGCGCUAAAGUCCCCCUGGCCCCAGAGCUGCGGUUGGAGCCAGUUAACUGCACCACCAUCAUAGUGCGCUGGCAACUGGCACCAGGUAACGCUGCCAGCGUCCAGGGCUACCGGCUGUUCUACCACGAGGAGAGCCAGGCAGAGAGCGCCCCGACCCUGCUGCCCGCCCUGAUGACCAGGCACACCAUCGGAGGACUGGACCCAAGGAAGAAGUACCACGUGAAGCUCCUGGCAUACAGCUUCAUGGGAGACGGUUACCAGGCCGACCAGACUAUCAGCACACCCGGAUGCGUCUCUGUGCGUGAUCGCCUGGUGCCCCCCCCACCCCCACCCCACCACGUGUACGCCCGGGCCAACAGCUCCUCGGCGGUGCUGCUCCACUGGGGCCGCCCCGCCUUUACCUCGGGCCAGACCGUCAACUACACGGUCCGCUGCAACCCCGUGGGUCUGCAGAACGCCUCCCUGGUGCUCUACCUGCUGACUGGUGAGCAGAGCCUGCUGGUGGUGGACCUGGAGCCCAACACCAAGUACGAGUUUGCUGUGCGUCUGCACCUGGAGCAGCUGGCCAGCCCCUGGAGCCCAGUGGUCUACCAGAGCACCCUGCCUGAUGCUCCCACACUGCCCCCCUCCAGUGUUAAAGUGACUCUAAUAGAGGAAGACACAGCCCUGGUGUCAUGGAAGCUUCCAGAUGAGCGCAACUUAGCCGUGACACGCUACACCAUCCUGUAUGCCUCCAGACAGGCUUGGCUGGCAGGGGAGUGGCAGGUGCUGCAAAGAGAAGGGAGCAUCACCAUGGCACUGCUGGAGAAACUGCAGCCUGGCAACGUGUACUUGGUGAAGGUGUCUGCGUCUAAUGACAUGGGGGAUGGGCCCUUCUCCCAUGCUGUGGAGCUGGCGGUGCAGCCAGAAGGCUCCGCCCGUGGACACGGCCCACACCACUCGCAUGGCUCCUCUCACGCUACAGUGUUCUCUGAUGGCUUCUACCACCUGGACCAGACCUCCAUGACAGGCAUCAUCGUGGGCGUCUGCAUUGCUCUCACCUGCAUCAUCAUCUGUGCCUUCAUCAUCCUCUGUAGAGGACAAACCAGUAAAUCCUCAGGUUCUAAGACCAUCAGGGAGGCCCCUGGCUCCAACCCCUCUGUGGCCGCUCCCACUUGCUCUGCCCCCUCCGAAAUCCAGGCUGAGAGUGAUAUCGCCGUGUCCAUAAUGACAACAGAGCACUUUAUUGAUGCCAAGGGAGGAACCAACCUCAUCAUCAACAGCCUGGGCCCCGUCCUCCCCAGCCUGGAGAAGAAGAAGACAUGGUUCUCCUUCACCAAGGAGAAAAACACCAAAGUCCAGGGUCCGAGGUUGAGCAAUGCGUCCUACCAGCCAGGAAGCAUGGUGCUUUGCUACGAGGAUGAGUCCCCCUCCUGUUCCCAUCAACCCACCUCCCUGCAGGGCUUGUUCGGGCCCCGGGGGGACACUGAAGGUUCCUCCAACAGUGAAGGCAGCCACGAGACUGGCGACUCUGGGCGCUACUCACACGAUGAGACAGAGAUGACCCUGCUAUCGUCUGGACACAACAGCCGCCCGGCUUCUCUGAGAGCAGAGGACCAAGGAGGGUUGGACUGCAGCCCUGCCCAGGAGAGUGAGGGUGAGCUGGGUGAGCAGGAGAGCAAAGACACCCUGGAGAAGAGAAGACACCACUACCAGGCCACAGACAGCUAUGCCCAGCCUGCACUUCCUCUCCAGCUGUGUGUGUGAUCUUUUAAACGUUUCUUCUCCCCUCCCCUCCCACCCCACAGCUCUGUUCUAAAGGACUAUGAGCUGGAAUCCAGAGCGCCAUAAGAUCUGUGGUAGAACCGGGUCAAGACUGGGCCACGGGAAACUUCAUCCACUGCCUUCUUCUAAUGAAUGUGUUGCUAUUUUACUCUUGUCUGUUUGUGUAUUAGAAAGAAAACUCUCACCACCAUGAAUGUUUAAAAAGAUUGUAAAAAAUUAGAAAUGUGACUGUCACAUUUCUGGCAUUAUUUAAUAGAGUUUAUCACUGGAGCAGAGAAGAGAGUGAGCCCUUCCUCUGCUGAAUAUCUACCUCAGUUUACCACUUGGUAAACUCCAACUUUAUAUUUAAUAGCAGCUUAUUCCUCAGUUAUGUAUUGGAUAUAUUCUCUUACGUAACAACCCUGAUACUUCUUGAUAGCAAUAAUUGUUAUUGUUUUUUCUCAGUAAGAUUCGUCCCAUUUCCGUCUCCUUGUUUGUCCUGAUGUAGGGAUUGUAAGGGUACCAAUCCAGGUUCAGCGCUCUCAGGAAGCUCUGGUCUUAAUUAUCACAGGUGAAGCUCUGGUCUUUCUCAGGUUCCUCUGCCUGAUCAGAGACACUUACACAAUUAUACCUCAGAAACUUAAUGACGAGCCAGUAUUCUGAUGCGGUGUCAGUUAUUCCUAGUAAUAAUGGUUUAACAAGGAUAGUGAAUGUUUGCUUUGUGUUUUACAUGUUGAUGUACAGUUGCCCUUGCAAUUCCUGUUUUAUACUACCUCAUUAUUUUGUUGUCAUUUUUUUCCUAAACUCAGGGAACAAGGUUUGGUACAUUUGAAAAGCCAUGUAUUGUUUGAUGUUACAUGGCUGACAAGACAGGGUAUCUUUUUCAGGCUGACCUGCUCACUGUAGAGUCUGGUUGCUAUGGAUGUAGUGAAUGUUUCUCUAGAGUGUUGUGUCAGUUACGGUCCAAAGCCUGGUGAUGCCCUCCUCACAAGUGGAUACAUUUGUAUUAAUUUGGAAUGAUGUGUCUGUGCUAUGGCAGGCUGUCUGCUGUUGGUUGAUUUCAUCCUGUAGUUACUUUGGGACAGAGCAUACCAAACUUGCUUGUAUUGACUUUAUCAUUACAGCAAACCUUUAUCAAUGGCCUUAGUGUGGACGGAGCCCCUUCCAUUUCAGAGGCUAGUCUGGCCAAUCAGUGGGAGAGCUCCUUGGCGCAUGAGAGGAGUGUAAUGAAUGAGUGUUUAGCAUCAUAAGCGUGAAGUCAGUGAGAUGGAAGUGAAGAAUGGAAUGAACACCAGAAAAACCUUUUUACCUCCUGAGAAUUCUAUAUUUUUGUGGACUGAUAUGUACCACUGAUUACACAUUCUAGUUACUUUUCUUCUUGAAGUAGAUGAUGCUUUACCGUAGAGUAGCAAAAUAAGUUUAGCACUUGUCUGUCAGAUUAGUUUUGUUAUGUCGAUCCCAGCCAUUAUGCAGCGGUGACUCGUGCUAUCAUCCAAAGAGUUGUUUUGCUUCCUCAGUUUUUCUUAGAUCUCUCAGUUGGUGUCUGGGACGAGGGACAGUGAGGUCCUGUCCUAGCAGACCAGCUGAGGAGCUGCUUCCUAAACAAAGCCUUGCACAUUUGUGCCACUUUCUGUGACUACACUAGAGAUGCAGGUUGUCUCAGAAAUGGCCCCCUGGAUUUGGGGGGCUUCAUGAUUUAAGUGACAAUUAAUAUUAAUCAAUUCCAUGCUCACAAAUCAGUUCAGUCCUGUGGGUGGUUUUCUUCCAAGAUCUUUACUGAUGCAUUCAGGUGUAUGUACAUUGUAGGUGAAAAUGAUAUGCAGAGAUAUAUAAAUAUUUAAUCCUGAUUCUCACCAAACGUUGCAUCAAUAUUUUCAAUCAGAGGACUACAAGCCUAUAGGACAAGACGACACGGCAUGAUGAGCGACACAAUCAGUUUUACUUUGUUUUGAAAAGCAAACAAUAUAAACCAAAGAAUAUGAGGUCAUCGUUGCAUAUUGGAGAUCAGUCUAAAUGCUAAAUCUUUGCAUGAUAUUUUGUCAAUUUUCAAAGGUUCGAAAAAGCUUUAUCUCAUUUUGUGUUGUAUUACUGCCUAAUAAUUGUGUGUCUGAUAGACUGCUAAACAAGAUGAGUGGUGCAUUGUUAGUGCUCGUAAAUAUUCAUUUGUUAUCGAAUCAAAACCUGACAGAUUUUUCUACAUAAUUUUGUACCUUCUCUCACUGGAGGAGAGAUAUAUAUUAUUAUCAUUAUUGAAUUCCAGUCACAUGAGAAAGUACUAACUGAAUUUUGAUUUUACCUAGAUGCCUAAACUGUAAAUGUCAGAUAAGAAUGUGAAAUACACUUUUAAUUGUUGUAGAUGAACAUAAACCUGAAAAACUGUGUUAAAACUGUCAAAGUUCAUAUUGUAUAUGGAAUAAUUUAGUUGUUUUUGCUUUCUUAUUUGCAAGUAUUAUUGCCCUGCAUUGUGACUACACCCGGGAACUGCAACACAAGUCUCCUAUGACAACAAGCUGGAAUAUACCUCAUUGUGAUAGCUGACUGUUGUUUUAUAUAGGCUCAGUAAUGUUGGCCUUGGCUGAAUGGUUAAGAAAGGAGGGAUAUGUUCUACAGGCCCAUCUGUCUGGUGAUUGGUGCUCCAGCCUGUUGUAGCUGAGAUGGAGGCAGUCCCCUGGGUUGUAGGGAGUCAGAAUUCCACAGGACAGGUUCUGGAUGCAGAACCCUACUGUGUUUCUUUACGUUUCAAGAGUUGUUUUCUCCUGUGUUGUGUUCCUUGAUGAACAUAUGUAUUCAAAGGGACGGGCUCAGUGUUGACAUGUGCUCUGAGUCCAGCCCUCUAGCCCACCUGGGUUCUCUAAGGCAGCCUGACUUCAGCUGCAGUAGGGUGGGGUGCGGAGGGUCAUUUACAAUUAACUCAGGGAACCCAACGCUGCUCCAACCUUUAUCUGAAGACAGGCAUAUGCCUGGAAGAUUGAAUGUACCUUAUGUAAUUAUUUUUCCUGUAAUGUUUUGUUAUGUUUUUUCUCAGUUUGCUCUUUGUCUUUUAUCACAAUGAUCUACAGCUACAACAAUAUUCAUGCCAAAAAAUGUUAUACUUGUCCAAUUGAAGUUUAAAAUAAUUCUAAAAUAGUGAAUAAUCAUUAAA